AUGGCGUUGAUAUUGCUUCUAUUCUUUGCGGCCCUUACAUGCGCCGCAGGAAACGCUUCCUCAAUUAUUGACUACCUGAACGACAAUGACGGCACCUCUACCUUCGCCUCAUACUUGGCCAAAUAUCCAAAUUUAUCAAAAACGCUCGCCAGCGACAACAUCACGCUUCUAGUACCCAAAACUUCUGCAUUCAAUGGAGUCACCAAUGUCUCCGAGGCGCUCUUGACCUACCAUGUCCUGGUAGGCGUCCAUCACUCAUUCAACGCCGACGCGUUCCAGUAUAUCGAAGCACUCCCCCAGCCCGAUGACGCCGAUUCUUCUGAGAACAAAACCCGGAUAGUGAUUGCUCGCGGAAAUGCAUGUUCGUCCGCUGUCACUUUCUGGUCCGGCAACAGUCAAAAGAGUCGUUCAGAUGCGCCGGCAGUCAACUGCACCAACGGCGUGGUUUAUACCCUGCCAAGCGCUCGAACUACCCCAGAGCUUCGACGACAGCUGCAACCACAGUGCAUUAACUGGCCCACCCUCGCGAUUUCUAGACGCCCAAAUUCAUGCACGUAA